CAUUCUAACAUAAACAUUUAUAAGCAUGAGUUAGUUAUGACAUAAAUAAUAUCUGCCCACUUUCAGCAUUUAUCCUGCUUAUUUCUGUGCACGCUGUGCUGCUGGAAGAAUAUGAUGACACUGUAGUUUGCUUCCCCCCCACCCCCUGCUGCUGUCUGGGAUGUGAACAUCUGGCAUCUGGAAAUAAAACAGCAUAAAACACUCCACUACUUGUCUACAUGAAUCAAUCUGCAACCCAAGCUAUGCUGAAAAUAGUGGCUGCUGGAUUAAUUUCUGCAAGGGUUGUAUCACAUCCUUAUGGAAGUCUCAGCAGUUUUCAUAUGGAUCUUUCAAAAUGUUACAGUCACUGAAGAUCUUGUUAGGAGACGUGCAGAACAUAACAACUGUGAAAUUUUUUCACUGGAAGAAAUCUCUUUACAUCAGCAGGAAAUAGAAAAGCUAGAGCAUCUUGACAAAUGGUGUCGCGAUUUAAAAAUUCUCUAUCUUCAGAAUAAUCUCAUUCCGAAAAUUGAAAAUGUGGGCAAACUAAAGAAGCUGGAAUAUUUAAAUGUAGCUUUGAACAACAUUGAAAGAAUUGAAAAUCUGGAAGGCUGUGAAGAAUUGAAGAAACUUGACCUGACAGCAAAUUUCAUUGGUGAACUCUCCAGUAUUGAAUCCCUAAAAUGUAAUAUUCACCUGAAGGAAUUGUUUCUAAUGGGUAACCCAUGUACUGAAUUUGAAGGUUAUAGACAAUUUGUAGUGGCAACUCUUCAGCAAUUAAAAUAUUUGGAUAGUAAAGAAAUAGAACGUUCAGAGAGGAUUAAAGCCCUUCAAAACUAUCCAGAAGUGAAAUGGAAAAUCAGAGAACAGGAACAAGCUUACCUUCUGAAAAGAGCCAGAGAAAAGGAAGAGGCUCAGAGAAGAAUGCAAGAAAGAAAGGAUGAGAAACAGAAACAGAUGGACUCUAAGUUUGGAUUUGACAGCCCAGACUCCCCACAGGAAAAACCCAAUCAGGCAGAAGGAGAUGGAGAGCAGGAAAGAUGCAGAACUGUUGAAAAUGAUGAUGAAGACAGAAAAUUUUGGGAGGAGCCUACACCAUAUACUCCAGAAUCUAGACUAGAAACUCACAGAUAUAUUGAAGAAAAACGGAGAGCUAAAGACAAUGGAAGGGAAUCAAAAAAGAGAGAGAAGACUGCUUGGACAUUGGUCACUGCAGAAGGAAAAGUUCUGAAUGUCAAUGUGCCUAAGCUUCAUUUCUCUCUGAAAGAUGAUGAAGAAAAUAACCAGAUCAUCUUGGAUCUUGCUGUUUACAGACAUUUGGACACUUCUUUACUUGAUGUUGAUGUGCAGCCAACUUACAUACGAGUACUGGUGAAGGGAAAGCCUUUUCAGCUUGUGCUCCCUGAGGAAGUGAAGCCAGACAGCAGCUCUGCUAAAAGAUCACAAACAACUGGUCAUUUAGUUGUCACCAUGCCAAAGCUACACCUACGUAUUUUGCCUAGCCUGAGGCUCUGGAGCAUACUUCAUCUCAGAAUACAUGAUUCUCAGAAUACAUCUCAGUAAAAUGUGAGGAGAGAGUAGCACUAUAGACUAACUGGGUAGAUGUUCUCAGCUUUGUUCUCUCUAACCUAACCUUGGUUUGGUUAAAACUGUUUGAGUAGCUUGGACACAACAAGGGAUGCAUGAAUGGAAUGCUGCAUGGUGUCUUUGUUGUCAGUGGAUUCUGGAAAGCAUCUUUGCAGAAAAGCAAAGGGAGUCUUGGUUUCCACGUAGUUGAACAUGAGUCAGCAAUACCAUCUUCUGUCAAAGAACACCAGCUGAGUCCUGAGCAUUGUUAGGAGCAUGGCCAGCAGGUGGAGGAAGGCCAUCCUCCCCCUCUGUUCAGCUUUGGUGAGAGACACAUGGAGUGCAGUGUCCAGUGCUGGGCUCCCCAGGGCCAGAGAGACACCGACCUGCUGGAGAGAAUCCAGCAAAGUGCCACAAAGAUGAUCAAGGAACUGGAGCACCUCUCCUGUGAGGAAAGGCUGAGAGAGCUGGGACUGUCCAGCCUGGAGAAGAGAAGGCUCAAGGGGAUCUCAUUAAUUCGCAGAAAUGCCUAAAGGAAGGGUGCAAAGAGUCAGAGCCAGGCUUUCUUUGGUGGUGCUCAGUGGCAGCACCAGAGACAGUAGGCACAGACUGAAAUGCAGGUGUUCCCUCUGAAGACCAGGAAUCUCUGACUGUGAGGGUGACCAGGUGCAUGCACAGGUCACCCAGGGAGGUUGUGAAUCCUCCAUCCCUGGAGAUAUUCUAAAACCAUCUUCAGAAUUCCCAGUGGUUCUGGGCAACUGGCUCAAGUGGGCCCUGCUUGAGCAGGGGGCUUGGAUUAGAUGACCUCCACAGGUCCUUGCCAACCUCCAGCAUUCUGUGAUCCUGUGAACUUCAUGGACUUACUGACCAAAGAUGGAUCUUGUGUUACUUCACUGCAAUUGCAUGUAAAGGAUACUAAUCUAUUGUUCACUGUUCUUUUUACAGAAUCUGUUCUCUUCCCCUAGGACUGAAAUAGAGUGCUCAGUUAAAAUUUUUGGGGCCUAGAUCUUCUUCAGAUGAUCUUGAGCCAUACAAAUUUUAUUAUGAUUAAUGGGAUGUAAUAUAGGAAGAAAGGUAAAUUAAUAAUGAUUGACAACAGGAAGGACAAUAAGUAUUUUUCUUGCAGAAUAUUGUGGCUGAUUUUAUCAAUGCUUGAGAAUACUAGUUUAAGAUCAGCAACCUAAUGGGAUUUCCUCUUAGUAAGAGGAAUUUGAAUUCUGGAAGACCAGAAUACAAUCAAUUUCUUUCAGGCUUUAUCAGUGACAAGACAAGCUUAAUGACCACAUUACACUGUAUUUUAUCCUUUUGUUCCUAAAAAACAGUUAUCAAAAUAGUAUUUUUUUUUUUGAUAAAUAAAUAAAUGGCCCAGCACAUUCCUUACAUAACUGAAGUGUUGUUCACUAAUCUAAAAAUAGUCUCCUGUAAUAAUCUUCAUGUAUUCUAAAAAUAUCCUUCUCUUCUCAGUAACACAACAGAAAUCUAUCUGAAUUCUGAGUGGUUUUCACUUGUUUUAAUGAGCUUCUGUUCAGGUUAAUAAACCUUUCACCAAUCAUCUUCCAGCCUGUUUAUAGUUCCCUAGUCUUUAAAAACAAAAACAAAACCUCUUUCCUUGCCUCUCUGAUGACCUUGUCACAUCACAGAUGUUGGAGAUAGUAAAUGCUACAUGAACUAAAAGAAAGGAAUAAUUUUCACAUUCAUUUCUGGAAACAUAUUUUUAACCGUAUUACUUGCUACACAGCAAAUCAUCACAGAAUGGGUGCCUUUCUAAGGCAGUGUUUACCAACGUAUUUUGGAAGGUCAUCAAAAGAAACUGAAGGACACAAUGCUCAGUGAAAUAAUAUAGUGACACUUUUAAAGUGUAGUGUUUAUACUGCAAUAAUCCUUUGUAGGAGAUUUUGCAUGAGUAAGGUGUUUACAGUGACUACAUUGUACAUGCCUCAUGUUGUGGGAAAAAUAUUUGUGACAUGAAGCGUCCCAGAUUUUGAAUCUCUAUGCUCUGGCAGUGUCAUCUUUGCGGAUGAUGCAGGCAAAUGAAAAACUGGGAGAUUCUUUAAUAGAAUUUGACUAAAAUUGGCAAAUUAAUAAAUGAUUUCAUAAAAUGUCAUCAGUAGAUUACACCAGCAUUUUAAUUACUGCCUCGGUAAAAGCAUCAAGUCCUGGUGUUAUUAACAAACAGGUUUCAUUUAGGGUUCUGAGACAUUCUCUGUCAUGUUUUAAAACUUUCUUUUCCUUAGUUUAGUGAGUCAGAGAGUAAAAUUCGGACUUUUGAUUAAUUCUUUAUUAUAUUACCAGCCACAAAUGAAUGCUGACAGCUUUUUAUUGCCUGAGGUUUCAAAAGAGAUUAGAAAUUUAAAGAUCAAUGAGAGUUAGAUUCCUUAAUUAAUCUAAAAAUAGGAAUGAUGGUGUGUAUUUUGCAUGUCAGUGUUAUUUGAUAGAAUUACUUUAUAUAAUUCUUACUUAUCUAGGUAUGGUAAAUGCAGUAAUAUUUCAUUACCAUCAAAGGCAUGUGGAGACACAGCUGUAGAACCCUAGAAAUCUAAUAAUCCUUGAGCAUAAAUGUGAUUCAGGGAAAAUCUGUUACACAGAGGAAUUCCCAUUGUAGAAUAAAAAAGCCAUUGUAGGAAAAAAAAAGGAUAAACUGAAAAUAUGAAUAAAAAUACGGCUUUUGCA